GCCUCAGUACACGGGAGACUAUCGCACUAAACUGAGAAAAGCUGGAUGUGCAGAGGUUGCUAUUAAUCGGGGGGAAAAAGGCACCCCGGAAAUGGCAUCAAAAGGCCUCAAAAGACCAAAAAGAUUUGAGGUCAAUUACUUACCAGACCUCCCUGACGGGCAGAAUGAAGAUAGACUAGAGGUUGAAAGAAAGCUCCUGGUUGAAGAAAUGAAGAAACGUAACCCCAGUGGAACUUUCAUUGCAUCUAAGAUGGACCAGACUUUCCCACUGCGGAGACGGGAGAUUGUGGAGGCUGAACCUCCAGUGAAAACCCUGAAAGAACGCUGGCCAGCUCUUUUUACAGAGAGACAAGUGUUUGCUGAGUUCAACAGAAUAGCUACAACAAACCUGGAGAAUGACUUUUUUGGUGCUGUUGACCGCUACACACCACACUUUGUCACCAUCUUCAAGUCCAAGAAAGGAAGUGUUGGAGAGAAACUGGCUGAGAUUGUGCAGCAAAUUGAUUCAAGGAAACCAGAUGUGACAGCAGUGCGUACCCUUGUUCUCCAAGGCAUCCCUGUUCUGCUUGGUGAUGACCCUAGUAACUUCUACAACACCUCCUUUGAUUCUGACAGUCAGGAGGCCUGGGCCCAGGUAUCUGUUGGGUUGCUGACUAUCAUCAGUGAAGAUGCGCCUAUCUCUCCAAAUCAUCUCCAUCUUGACCCAGUCUCUACUGCCAUCAUUCUUGAAGGAGGUAUUGUAAUGGACAGUCUCCAGAACCUACCUCAAGCACUGUGCCUCUUGUUUGGGUUGUCCUAUGCACUGCACUUGGACUACCCUAAAACCAUGAAAAACACAUUCAACUUCAUUCAACGAGUGAUGCUUGGCCUGGGAGGCAACAAACUCCCCCCCAAACUUCAAACUCUUAAAAAUCUCCUGUUGAGUUAGGAUGGUAAAAAUCAAUAGUGACAUUUGGAAUACAGUUUUGUUUAUAAAAGUGAGUCCAGCUGCUUUUAAUUGUUAAGUAAAUAAAGGCACUCCUUUCAUAUUGUUUUAUAUCAGCCCCCGGGUCCAUCAGCAAGUUACAUUUAGAGGCUGCAGGUGUAUGGUCAUUCAUACAUGCGUUAAAUUGGUUGCCAUAGUUAUAAACUAACUGGAUGUCACCUGUACUUAGGGUUAGGCAGAUUGAUUCUGUCAGCACUUGAUUCUUUACCAAGUUUGGUCUUUAAACUUUGUUAUUACAAAAGUAAAGCACUUGUUCAGGAUUAUCUUAAAAUAAAGGUCAGGGUUGGAAUUUUCUUUCCAAAAAUGACAAAUUUAUGUCUUUUUAUAAAGCCAAAUAAAUUGGUUGCCUAUUAUUACUGGAAUAUUAUUGAAGAACACUUUUGUUACCGAUAUGUCUAUAGGUA